AUGGAAAAGUCUGGGUUACGUCGUAAAAAACUAGGAGCUCCAUCCACAACGCGUUGGGUUGAACGGAUACGUACACUUGAUGGAUUUGUGGAAGCAUUUGUACCUGUUUGUCAAAGUUUAGAGUACAUGAAGCUCAAUAUGAAUAAAGAUUUUGAUAAUUCAAGUAGGGACGCAGAGGGAUAUCUUCGUUCCAUAAAAUCUUUCGAAUUUAUUGUUAAUCUUGUGAUUACAUCAAAUGUUCUGCAUCACACAAUGUCGUUGACUGUUCAACUGCAGCAAAGGAUGAUCGAUAUCGCUGAAUCAAUUAAACAUAUAAAUCUUAUGAAGUCACAAUUAAAAAUAUUACGCAGCUCGGCUGAUACAAUUCAUGACCAAUACUACGAAGAAGCAGUGGAUUUAGCAAACAGAGUAAACGUUGAUGAAAAAAUUCCUCGACUUUGCAAUGUUCAGACAACUCGUGAAAACUAUCCUGCACAUACAGCACGUGAAUACUACCGCAUGAAACUAACCAUCCCUCUUCUUGAUCACUUGAUUGAACAGAUGGAAUUUCGGUUUUCUUCAGAGGUGUGCGAUAUUUAUCGUGGAUUCUAUAUUAUACCUAGUAUUUUUCUCAAUUGCAAGGACGUUAAUUGGAAGGAAGAGUUUAUGAAGUUUGCUGUUGCAUAUAAAGAGGAUAUGCCACACUUUCGGAAAAUACAUGCUGAAUUAGGAUUGUGGGAAACAAAUUGGAAAGGGGGCUUUGAGAAAGUUAAGUACGAUUCAAUUGCCGACACGCUUCAAACUUGUAACAAACUUGCGUUUCCAAAUAUAUUUACAGCGCUUAAGAUACUCGCUGUUGUUCCAGUCACUACAUGUGAGUGUGAAAGAUCCGUUUCUGCCCUUCGUCGAAUGAAAACUUGGUUACGUAGCACAAUGAUCAACGAAAGGUUAAAUGGAUUAGCCCAAAUGCAUAUUAAUGAUGAUAUUAAGUGUGAUGUCGAAGAAGUGAUUAAUACCUUUGCCAGACAAAACCCAACGAGGAUGCAAUUUCUUGAUAUCCUGGAGGAUAAAGAAACAGAUGCUUGA